AUGGCCGACCCUCGGGGAAUAGAAGAACAUCACCAACAUCAAGGCACACCCUCCAAGAUCCUCCGCCCUGUCAAAGCCUUUCUCAAAGAAGUCGGUCUCCUAACCAUCUAUCGCUCGCCCUGGGACACAAAAAUCCUCAUCCUCCAGCGCUUCGUCCGCCUCUUCGCCUACGGCGGCUCAACGUUGAUCCUCGCCUCCUACCUCUCCGACCUAGGCAAUGAAGAUGCACGGAUUGGCCUGUUCAUGACCCUAACCUUGAUCGGGGAUGUGUUUAUUAGUUUCCUAUUGACCCUAAUAGCCGACCAAUUGGGACGCAGAUGGAUUCUCGUGCUGGGCGCCGCCUUGAUGUCGGCCAGCGGCGUGGUGUUUGCCCUGAGUGGGAACUACUGGGUUCUGUUGGCCGCAGCAAUUUUGGGUGUCAUCAGUCCUGCUGGCAAUGAAAUUGGGCCCUUCCGUGCAAUCGAGGAGUCAACCAUCGCCCAUCUCACCGCCAGCUCUGAUCGCAGCGACGUUUACGCCUGGUAUUCUCUCAUCGGGACCGCGGGCACAGCCCUGGGGUUCAUCGGAUGUGGCUGGAUCAUCACGUUGCUUCAACAUGAAAAGCACUACGAUUCUGUUCAGGCCGAUCGCAUCAUUUACGUCAUCUACGCGGCCGUCGGCGUUACCAAGAUGUGCCUGGCUCUUAUGCUUAGCAAAGAUUGUGAGGUCGAUGCUCAGCCAAAAUCCGCGAACCCCACUGAGACGGCGCCCUUGCUGGGCAAUGACCGAGGAGAGCAAAAUAAGGACGAUGAUAUUUCGAAGAAGGGACGAUGGAGACUCUUGCCGGAAAUCAGCAAGGAAAGUCAAGUCGUCUUGGUACAAUUGUGUGUGUUGUUCGCGUUUGACAAUUUCGCGUCCGGGUUGGCGCCCUUGUCCUGGGUGACCUACUUCUUCAAGCGCAAAUUCAAUUUGCCCGAGGGCAAGCUGGGGUCGAUAUUCUCCAUCACCGGCAUCAUCUCUGCGCUUUCCAUCUUCGUGGCAUCCUCCAUCUCGAAGAGGAUAGGGAAUGUCAAGACCAUGGUCUUCACUCACCUCCCUUCGGCCAUCUGCCUCGCAUUGAUCCCUAUCCCUUCCACGCUGUCUGGCGCCCUCGUCUUCCUCAUCGGCCGUGCCUGCACGCAAGUCAUGGACGUGGCUCCGCGCUCCGCUUUCCUCGCGGCGAUUGUUCUGCCACAUGAACGCACCGCUGUCAUGGGAACCAUCAACGUCGUCAAGACAUGUGCCCAGAGCAUGGGUCCCGUGAUCACCGGCGUCCUCGGAACAAACAAUCACUUCUGGGUUGCAUUUGUCGCGGCUGGUUCCCUCAAGGCGGCAUAUGACCUUGGGUUACUGGCGCUGUUUGCGGAGCGAAAGAGCCGGGAGGAGAGAAUGACGGAGAGGAGGGAUGAGGGCGAAGGAGCCUAG